GGAUCUCCACCUCUCUCGCCAUCCGCCGCCGCCGCCGCCGUUACCCGUGCCGCCGCCGCUCUCCGCUCGCCGUUGCCGGGAUGGAGGGGGAGGAGGAGGAGAACGUGGGGCCGUUCCGCCGCACCAGCGCGCGGACGCGGCGGAUGGCCACGCGCAUGGCCUCCGCGCUCGCCAGCUCCGACAACCGCGCGCAGGCUGCACUAGCUCGUCUUGAAGCGCUUGAGAGUGAUAAUGCUGGCCCUGAGGUCGUAGAUCUUAACGAUGAUGAUGAAUAUGGAUCUGCAGAUGAGGAAGACCAUGUUCUCAUGCAGAGGAAGCAGUCAAAGAAUAUGAAGCGCAAGACGAGGCAAGGGAAGGCAUUGGAGAAGAAGGCGGCGAGAUCUUUCAUGGACGUGUUACAGGAGGCAAACCUGGAGUCGCUGCCUCCCCAUGUCCCAACGUACUCCAGGGCCGCCGUUGGUCCCCCGAGCACCUCGUCCCGGCGCCAUUACUGCUCGGUCUGCGGCAGCACGGCGAACUACACGUGCGUCAGGUGCGGGACGAGGUUCUGCUCGUGCCGCUGCCAGGUCAUUCACAACGAUACCCGCUGCCUGAAAUUCGUGGCCUGAUCGAUCUGCUUGCAUCUCCAUAUGCAUGUGUACUCGUGUAGCUGUAGCUAUGUUCAGUGAAAUACUGCUUCUGCUUGUGAUGGCUGACUACAAAUCUACAGUCUUUGCUGGUCAAAGAUGGAGAUGCUUGCUGUACAUAUAUCGUGUAGGAGGAAUGGGAAACGGGCUUGUCUGAAGAUUGUUGCAGGUGAA